GUAUGGUCAGCUGUUCUGCCUUGGUUUGAACGCCAAUACAGCAUGUGACGUGCCGACGGAAUGUGGAGAAGCAGUCACGGCAGGGUACAUGCACACUUGUGCAGUGAGAUCAAGUGGACAUUUGGUCUGCUUUGGAGGGAACGCCACAGAACAAUGCAACGUGCCGACGGAUUUGGGAGCAGUUGCGGCAGUCUCAGCAGGCCAUGGUCACACUUGUUCAGUGAGAUCGGAUGGUCAGUUGUUCUGCUUUGGAGAUAACACCUACGGACAAUGCGAUGUGCCAGCGGAUUUAGGAGGAGUUGUGGCGAUCUCAGCUGGCUACCGGCACACCUGUGCAGUCAAAUCAGAUGGUCAGUUGGUCUGCUUUGGAUUGAAUGCCAACGGGCAGUGCGAUGUGCCGGCGAAUGUCGGGGCAGCUGUAGCGGUUUCAGCGGGCCACCGUCACACUUGUUCAGUGAGAUCGGAUGGUCAGGUUGUCUGCUUUGGAUUGAAUGCCAAAGGACAAUGCAAUGUGCCGACGGAUUUGGGAGCAGUUGUGGCAAUCUCCGCAGGCUACCAUCAUACCUGUGCUCUAAGAUCAGAUGGUCAGUUGGUCUGCUUUGGAUUGAAUUCCGACUUUGUGCCGACGGAUUUGGGAGCAGUUGUGGCAGUUUCAGCAGGCUACCUGCACACUUGCGCAGUGAGACCAGAUGGUCAACUGGUCUGCUUUGGAGAUAACACCUUCGGACAAUGUGAUGUGCCUGCAGAUCUGGGAGCAGUUGUGGAAGUCUCAGCAGGCAAAGAUCACACCUGUGCGAUCAGAUCAGAUGGUCAGUUGGUCUGCUUUGGCUUGAAUGAGAGCGGACAGUGCGAUGUGCCGACAGCUGAUGGCAAGCAUCGACGAAACAGGUGCUGCGCGGCCUGCUGGUUGCCCGUGCGAAGUGACAACCCCACGUAG